GAAUCUCCGCCGAGCGCCACGGCGCAGUUUAAGUUGAGAAGUUCAUCGGGGAAAGCAGUAAUCUCCCUUUCAUUUUGUCCUUACACGAUUGUGGUCUUAUUCGUAAUAGACAUUGUCAACCAAUUGUCAACAGUACAUUGUAUCACUUGGCGUGUUUAGGUGUUUUUUCAAAGCCACAGAGGACAUUUUUUUUCAGCAUGUUUAACCAAUAUGUUUGGAUUUUGGACAACAGAUAGAACAAACCAAUGCUGUGUGGAAUAAUGGAGAGACACGGCCCCGAAGGAAAUCCGACUGAAUCAGCGCACGCUCCACUUCCUCUUCAUGUAGAUCUGCCCUCCGUGUGCAAAGUCAUCAUUGAGCUGAAGAGUCUAGGAGAGACCACAGAGAACGGGAUGGGAGCGACGGCCGCGGAUGAGGGCCGUCCGUGCGAGGAGCGCAUGGGCUGGGCCGCUGUGUCCGCCCCCACCAAGCUGUGCGGCUACUUGCACAAACUCGGGGGGCCCCUGCGGAGCUGGAAGUGCCGCUGGUUCACGUAUGAGGAGGGGAAGUGCCAGCUAUUCUACUACAGGACCCCCCAGGAUGCCAACCCGCUGGGCCACGUGGAACUAGCCCGGGCCACCUUCGGCUACCCUCUCCGAGGGGACGAGGGCACUUUCCACGUCCAGACUCCGGAACGCACCUUUGUCCUCAAGGCACUGAACCGGCAGACCAUGAUGUACUGGCUGCAGCAGCUGCAGCUGAAGCGCUGGCAGCACAGGUCGCGGACGUCUGCGGGGUCUGCGCAGCUCUGCGGGGAGACGGAGGCGGACGACUGGAGGGCGACUCGCGGUGGCGGCGCAGAUGGCGACUUCCUGCCCACAGUGAAGACCCCCACGGGGCUGGUGGGUGAGGCAGCAGCGGGAUUGCCAGCCCCAAAGCAACGCGCCAUGUUCAGCAACGUUUCUUUCAAACACCCCCUGACGGAGAUCCAGAACUCCGUACACAGCCUGCGCCUGACCGCCUUCCGCCUGGGGGAGCUCCCAGAAGCUCCAUCUCCCGCCACUGAGCCGAAGAGUCUCUGCCCGCCACCAGGUGACACUGUGUCCCCGAAGCUGCCAGAGCCACCAGGGGAAAGGUGGCAGGAGGAUCGGAGGUCGUCUUGUCUGUCUCUGUCCCCAUCCAUGUCCCUCCGGAGCAGGAGGAAGAAAAAGAGGGCCAUGUCAUCCACCAUGCCCACGGACCUGAGGGACGUCACCAGCUCAGACAAGACCUUGGUGCUCUCGCUGGCCGAAGAGGUCAAGUCACAGAAGGAGCUGGUGUGGCUGCUGCACAAGGCACUGGAGGCGGCCCAACAGGAGAAGCGCUCCUGCGCCCAGUUCCUGUCGGCGGAUGGCGAGCAGGAGCGCCUGGAGCUGCUGAGGCACCGUGAGCGUCACGCCGCGGACCUGGGCACCAGGCUGGAGGCGCUGCGCAGCCAACGGGAGGCGCUGCAGCAGCGACUGAUGCAGCGCGACGGCCACGUGGCAGAGCUGCAGGAGCAGGUGCGGCUGAUGAUGGAGAAAGACCAAGCCAAGCAGGAGGUCAUCCUCAGGCUGAGUGAGCAGCUGGCCGCCUCCUCCAACGAAGCCCAGAAGAUGGCAUCAGUCAGCAGCAAGAGGGCAGAGACCACGCAGGAGGAGAUCGACAACCUCAAGGACGACAUAGAGGCCUACAAGCUACAGAACCAGUUUCUGAACUCAGAGAUUUAUCAACUGACCAAGCUGUGGAGGAACAGCUCUGAGCAGGAGAAGAGCCUCAUGGUGAAGUGCGCUCAUCUGGAGGCCCGCAGCUGCCAGAUGGAGAGCCGCUACCUGGGCGUGCUGCGCAAGUUGCAGGAGUGCAAGGGCCUGGAGGCUGGGGAGCGGGAGGCGGUGCGCCACCUGGUGGAGGAAGCGCUACAGCGGGAGGCGAAGGACCCCCUCAGUCUGGACCCAGUCAGGGAAUACGAUGAAUAUGGCUUCAAGAUUGUCCCAGACUAUGAGGUGGAGGAUGUGAAGUUGCUAGCCAGGAUUCAGGCCCUGGAGAUCCGAUCCAACAACCUGCUGCAGCAGGAGGCAGAGGACCGGCCCCUGGACAGCCGGUGGGCGCAGUACCUGGGGGGGCGGCUCUCGGGCGAGCUGGCCAUCACGCCGGAACUGAAGACGCUGAUGCGGAGUGGCGUUCCCGUGGCACUGCGUCCGCGCGUAUGGCGCUGGGUGGUGGGGUUGCGCACACGCUCGCUCCGGGAGCGCCACCCAGACAGGUACCGUGAGCUGUGUGGGCGGGGCCAAAGCUCCGAGCAUGCGGCCGCCCGCCAGAUCCAACUGGACCUGCACCGCACCCUCUCCAGUAACUGGCACUUCUCCUCACCCACGAGCCCCACCCUGAAGCAGCUGCACCGCAUCCUGCUGGCCUUCUCCUGGCAAAACCCCACCAUCGGCUACUGCCAGGGUCUCAACAGACUGGCUGCCAUUGCCCUGCUGGUGCUGGAGAACGAGGAAGACGCCUUCUGGUGCCUGGUGGCCAUAGUGGAAGCCAUCAUGCCACAGGACUAUUACAGCAAAACCCUCAUCGCCUCGCAGGCUGACCAGCGGGUGCUGAAGGACUUCAUGGCGGAGAAGAUGCCCCGACUGAUGGCUCACCUCGAGGAGCACAAUGCGGACGUCUCCCUCGUCACCUUCAACUGGUUCCUGGUGCUGUUCGUGGAGAGUCUGACCAGCGACAUCCUGCUGCGAGUGUGGGAUGCCGUCCUGUACGAGGGCAGCAAGGUGGGGCGUGCAGUUUGGUCUCAGACAAACCCCUCCCCCCUGUUCCUGUGACCAGCUCUAAAUGAUUUUACAUUAACCAUAAAUCUCCUUUCCUCUUUCUAUAACUUUGUCUACUGCUGUGUUUCUAUUUUCAUGAAAAGGCGUCAGAGUUCCUUUAAUUUUAUGUCACUAAACUUGGCCUCACUUGUUACUGUCAGGGACGGCCCAAGGCAUGAGCAAACUAAGCGGCUGCGUAGGACCCAGUGGCCAGUAGGGGGUGCCCCAAUCUGAUCAGCCUGUCAGAAUAAGAUGACAAAUGACGACUAGAGCUUAGAUCGGGCCCAAAAAAUU